UACUGUUUGUACUGUUUGUAUCUCAUGCAUGUUAGACGGCAGUCGUUUAUACGAAUACGACAUUGGAUUAGAGUCAAGCGAUUCAUCAACCACCAUUCUCAAUGAUGGUAUCUGGAUUUAAUAAAGGUGGAACAACGUUUUGUACAAAGCAGAUAUUUGCAGCUAGCUCUACAACAUAUAGUGUGAUGUCAGCGGCAAACCCUGUAAAGUAUUUAAGACUGAUUAAGCGAUCCUGACUAGAAUAAAAGGAAGGACUGUUGGGUGACCACAGGCGAUCCAUAGAAACAUCUCAACCAGGUAUCUCAUCUAGAACAAGAACCAAUUCCAGCUAGACAAUGCUGGUAGAGACCAACCCUGAACACCAGCACCUGGCCUUCACUCAAAGGCAGUUAGUCAUUGACGCUGUUGACCUCAAAAUGCCAUUCCAGUCGGAGUAUAAAGUGCUGGAACAACUUCUACGUGAUGUACAUGAAAAUGAAGUGGAAAUAUCAAGGAAUCGUUGUCAAAAAGAGGCACGUGAUAUAAAAGACGCUGUAAAUGAUGUUACUGAGGAAUUUCUUCUCAAAGUGUUUGAGAAUGAUAAAAUAUUUCACAUUCCGAGAACAGAGAUCGCAAGUCACUUACUACUGGUAGGAGGUGUGGCCGAAGAGUCGAAAAUUAAUGAUCUAGACGAAUUUGAUUAUACUUUUAUAUUUCCGCAUUUUGAUAGCAGAACUAUCGAAGUAUUAGGUCGUGAAAACAAAAGGGUGAUAAACUCAUCUCCAUUCCGUCAAAUUAGAUAUAAAGGACCAAAAGCAAUAAAGAGAAAACUUCUCAAAAGGUGCAUCCUUGCAAAAAUUAAUUCAGACGUUUAUCUGUCAGCACUUGAUGUGAGAAGCUUCUUUGAAAGUCGUGUUCGAAAAGGUUUGAGAAAGUUUUUUAUUUUAGAAAUGUUAGGGGUCGUUAAAAGUACCGGCAAUUUGACACUAAAUGAGUCUUUUUAUGAAAUACAUGGCCCUGCUUUAACGCUGUAUUUCAGAUGGAAAAACAAUGAUGAUAUAAGAUUUAAUCGGAAAGGUUUACUCAUAUCAGUGGACAUCACAAUAACGAUCAUGUCAAAGGAUAACUCAGUGACCACUGGUGUAAAUGCUGCUGAUGAAUAUCAAGAAAUAUUAUCGGAAGCUGGAUUUGGUAACCUUAUCCCACAGAAAUUUGAGUACCCUUCUCAUGCAGGGUUCUGUUUUGGCUUUGGGAGAAACAAAUAUAUUCUCGAAAGUAACGAAGAAAUAAUCGAUAGAUGUACGUUCAGAAUUUCAUUUGUACAAGCGGAAAAGAAAAUUAUGAACAAAAUAAAGAACCAACAACCAGGAUGGUUUGCGUGCUACAGACUGUUGAAAUAUUUUUGCGAGAGACAUGCUUUAUCCAUGUAUAAUGAGAAACAUUUUAAUGAACCCAAAUUUGACAGAGUAUUUGGAAAGCAGAAGAGAAUUGUUAAGUUUUCAAGCUAUGUAUUGAAGACAUUAGUAUUGACCAAAAGAAUUGAAAUACCUGACUGCGACGCGAAUAAUAUUGCACCAAAGUUUAUGCUUGUGUUUGAUGAAAUAAUCGCUAUAUUAAAACGAUACUGUGAUAAGCCGUUGGAGCUUGGAUAUGAAUGUGUACCGUCAAUAUGGUUUGAAGAAUUAUCAGCCAUGCAUACGCUGAUUCCUGAAACGGAUGAAAAUGAUAGACAGAGGGAAGAGGAAUAUCAGAAGGCACAUACAAAGCGACAACUGACUAGGUUUGAGUCAAUUAAGCGUCUUCUGCUACAAAUAAAUGACGAUGAAUGUUACUCAUAUAGAAAGUACAGAGAUCUGUUGAUACAGGAAUGUUUAAAUCUUCAUACUGAUUUACUUGAUGUACUGUUUAAGAACAAUACCACUGAAUAAGCCACGCACUGAUUGUGGAUAUUUUUUCCGGCCAAUUUAGGAUCAAACAAUCACUUAAAAUGUCUUCAGAUAAGAAAUUUGUUUCAGAUUAAAAUCAAAACAUCUGCGGAUGAAUUAGAGGUGCAAAAUUGCUACAAGAGACAUAGCAACGAGUGAAAACUAAUAUCUGAAUGACGAAUAUUUAAAUAUGACAUGUAAACAAACGGAUGUUUUGUCAUGUAUUUCAGUAUCUCAACUACAAAUAAUCAAUUUUGUCUGCAAAUCCUUACACUACAGUGCUAGGAAAAACAUCAUAUUUCUGAGAGAUUUGUUUCUUUUUGGCAUUGUAAUUUAAACGCGUGUACAUAUUCGUUAUCUUGUAAGAAGUCUUGUACAUUUUAGUAUUUUAUGUUGUUCCAGUUUUUCAUUUUUCAAGCUCAGUUUCGCAUGUUUACAACCUCCUCGUUGAGAUAGAAUUGAUGUCGAGUAUAGUUCAAUGUACAUGUACAAGAAUAAAAGGUAUAAUGAA